AUGCCCACAGUGUUCUAUGAUAGUUGCUUACGUUAUCUUCCGCCGUGUAUGAAAUCGGCUCCACGAUCAGCUCCCAGUUGGACGGAAUGGGGGUGGGAACGGAAACGGAAUGGCGGAAUGAGGGAUGGGCGGGGGAAAUGCUUGUUGAAGGCGGAAGUGGAUAGAGGAGGGGAGGGGGCUGAUUUGGCUCCGGAGGAGGACGAAAAGACGAAGGGAGAACCGACGAGGGGGAAAGAGACAAAAUUGACGCAGGUAAAGACGAGGAGAGAGCCGGCGCGCAGCCAAAAGACGAUAGGGACGGUGGCUGUGCAGCCGGGGACGAAGGAGACGAAAGUGACGAGGUUUGUGCCAGAGGCACAAAAGACGAAGACGAUGGUUGUUGUGCAGGAAGCACAACAGACGAAGGGGCAACAAACGAAGGCACUGCCGGUUGACGAGGACGAGGGGGAGGAUUCGACGAGUCAAUUCUCUGCAGCGCAGCUUGCGCUUGGGACGAAAUCCCUGCCGCUACCCGUUCCUCUCUUAACGCUCUACCAGCUGGAGGAUUUGGAGGAGGCGGAGGUGCUCCGAGAUUGA